AUGGGUGCAGGCCUGAAAUUUACUUUCUUUCAGCUGUACGAAGUAUUUCCCUGGCUGAUGAGUCGCAUUCCUGGGCCACAUCAAAAGACGCUGUCCCAUUUUAAGUUUAUCUAUGAUCUGGUGAAGGAGGAAAUUGAGAAGCACAAGGAAAACCAGUCCUUGCACGAACCCCGAGAUUUUAUUGAUUACUAUCUACUUCAGUUGAAAAGAAGCAAGAAUGAACCCAGCAAUACCUACGAUGAAGAUAAUCUGGCUGCGUGCAUUGUCGAUUUUUUUAUAGCCGGGACAGAGACAAGUGCCACCACUUUGCAAUGGGCCCUGCUUUACAUCACCAAUCAUCCAGAUGUCCAAGAUGAAGUAUACAAGGAGAUACAAACUAAUUGUUCCUCCGGCUUAAUUUGCUACCAGGAUCGAAAGAAACUGCCCUAUACCAAUGCUGUGAUUCAUGAGAUCUUGCGGAUAAAUUAUAUCUUAAGUUUUGGGGCGCGCAUCUGUUUGGGAGAGCAGAUAGCGAGAAUGGAAAUUUUCCUUGUCUUUACCAACUUGCUGAGGAACUUCCGUUUCCAGCUGCCUAGAGGAGUUAAAAGAUUAAGUGAAGAACCUAUGAAUGGACUUACAGUGCAUCCCCAUUCUUAUAAAAUCUGUGCUAUUCCCCGCCACAAUGCGUU